GGACCCACUUUGUCAAUUGCAAUUAAUGUUGUGCUUAUAAGUAUUAAGUUGAUUAAGUAUAUAAGUAAAAAUCCAAUAAAAUACGGGUAUUUAAAAAUCGUCUUCUAGAGUAAGUCAAAAUAACAUGUUUUCCUGUGCAGGUAGGAGUAGUUUUCCUUCUUCUGUCAAGUAAUUUGAAUGUUACCUCGAUUAAUUCACUCAAAUUGCAAGGUGAGAGCAAACAGCAUUCUCAGACAACCGAACUGGAUGAUAAGAUUCAAAACGUAAAAGACCUAUUCGUCCCGAAAUGAGUUUAGUAUAAAUGUGAUCACGGAGUUAAUAUGCGUCUCAGUACCAAAUACACUCACUAAACUACAAUUUUCGAUAAAUUUAAUAAAAAAAACUAUGAAUUGUUUCUGCUGGUUAAUGACCGUGCUGGUGUUAUUCCAAUGGACAAACCGUGAAGUCAGUUGUGUGAGGAAAGCCAGAAAACGACUAAUUUGCCACUGAUCUGGGUAGCCUGCAGAAGUAAAGUGCAAACCUUCCAAAAACAAGCAUGUCGAUCCAAACGACCUUAUUUUUUUUCGUUUUAUUAUCGGCAAACUUCGUUCUUAACUCUCACGGGCAAAAAUCGAAACGACCUUCGUUCUUUCCAACGUGUUUCCGCAAUGAUCCCAACUUGAACCGUUGCCUAGUGGAAGCCACCGAGAUGAUCAGGCCUUAUUUAGCCAAAGGAAUCCCAGAACUGAAGGUGCCUCCUUUCGAACCAUUCAACAUUCCGGAAAUCAAACUAGAACAAGGCACAAGUGCGCUCAAUUUUAAGGCUCUUUUGAAAAAUGUGAUGGCUUAUGGACUGACAAAUUAUACGUUCUCGCAAUUUGACUUUGAUGUCCCGAAUUUACAGUUCUUCUGUACAGCUAAAAUACACAAAAUGAAAUUGGCUGGCGACUACACCGUGACUGGAAAGAUUUUGGUUGCACCUAUUCAAGGCGGAGGAAAAUUUACUGCGGGAAUUGACUCUGUUGACGUUUUUGUUUACCAAAAAUACAAAACUUCUACACGAAAAGAUGGCAAAGUCCAUCUAGUUCCCAUUGGCACCAACAGUACCAUUUCUGUGCAAGAGCCCAAGCUCAACCUUCAAGGCCUAUUUGAAGGAAAUGAAGAACUUACUGCGGCCACCAAUAAAGCGAUAAACGAUAAUGCGGAUGAGCUCGUUAUAGAGCUGAAGCCAGUGUUGGAGGACUUAAUAAGCAAAAUCUUGGAGGAUCUUUUAUUCAAGACAAUCAGUAAUAAUAUACCUUGGGACGACUUGUAUCCAAUCAACCCAAAGUUUAGUUAAUUUCGGUUGAAUGAAAUAAAGAACAAUUUGUACCUAAAA